GGCAAUUUCUCAGUAGUCAGGCUGAUGGCUGCCCCAAUUCUUAUUCCCUAUCACGAUAACUCCGUUUAGCUCCGAAUUGUGCUACAUUCUACAACUAAGUUGAUACAGUGCUUUAGGUUUUCCAUUAGAAAUAGAAAUUGGUCAUUCAACAGUAAAAUUAAAAUUUUUAUAAUUGAUCAUAUCUGGUGAUAGUUUAGACUCCUCGUUUCAUAUAACUGAUCGUAUACGGUUGAAAAACAAUUAAAUGUCUACGCCAGCUAGAAGACGACUGAUGAGGGACUUUAAGAGAUUGCAAGAAGACCCACCUGCCGGGGUUAGUGGAGCUCCAACGGAUAACAAUAUUAUGAUAUGGAAUGCAGUAAUUUUUGGACCUCAUGACACCCCAUUUGAAGAUGGAACCUUUAAGUUGACUAUAGAGUUCACUGAGGAGUAUCCCAAUAAACCCCCUACAGUUAGAUUUGUAUCAAAAAUGUUCCAUCCAAAUGUCUAUGCUGAUGGAGGGAUUUGUCUUGACAUCCUUCAAAAUCGAUGGAGUCCUACCUAUGAUGUGUCUGCAAUCCUCACCUCUAUCCAGUCACUCCUAAGUGAUCCCAAUCCCAAUAGCCCAGCCAAUUCAAUGGCAGCCCAGCUAUAUAAGGAAAAUCGUCGAGAGUACGAAAAACGAGUAAAGGCGUGUGUGGAACAAUCUUGGAUGGAUUAAGUUGGUUGUAUUACCGUCCAUUGAUUCGCUUUUUGCCUCAACUUUCCGAUAUUCCGUUCUUCAAGUUUCCCUACCACCAUUCAGUUACGCCCAUGGGUCCUACUAGACCUCAUGACUAAGUGUUUUUUUUUUCCCAGUUUUUUUCCCCUCUCAAUUUCCCUGUUGUGAAUUGCUGUUUCUCACUUAUGACGGACACCUCACGAUUGCGUUCUGCUUCAAAAAAGGCGAAAUCUGAACCUGACGAACAGGUUGGAAUUGUAGUUCAGCAAAAAUCAAUUUAUUCACGAGAAAUACAAAGAAAUUGAAAUCUU